UGCAAAGAGGACCCGGAAAUAUUUAGAAGAACAGCAAGACAUUGGGCCCAGGUCUAUGCGAAUGGUGAGUUUCCAUCCACCAUGAUUGCAGACGUACUUCCAAAGCGACACUACCUCCAUAGUCUCCAUAGUCUGACGGACUUUAACUCCAAAUUCAAGAUGUACUCUUCUAAACUGAGUUGAAUUAAGAAAUCUAGUGUUGCAGGCCAGCUGCAGCUGGAGCUAGGCUGUUCGAUACUGGACCUAUACUGGCUAACAGAUCCAAAAACGAUUGACUAUUUCUACGGAAAUCAAAUCUAUAGACUUGCCAUGCGCAUACUCACUACUUUUUUGGGCUUACAGUAGUUUCAACCCCGAAUGAUCCACAUUGUAUGGAAGGAGUUAUUCUUGCCUUUUACCUUAAUGAUUGCUGUACGCUUCACGUCUAGUAUUUCUCGAUACAUUUGUAUAGCUCUUUCUUGUGACUUUUUGCUAUAGCCUAGGCUAAACUUUGCGUGUUUAAUGACAGUUUCCACGAUUUCUUUUGAUCAUGCAUGUAGGCCUCGUGUAAUGUAGUAUUUGUUAACUGAGAAUACCCGUCCACUUUUCCUUGUUCGUUUUAACACAUGAAUACGAAACGCAGUUAUCAUUUGGAAAUAGUUUGAGCUUAAUGUUUUAAGAUGAUAUUGCAAGAAUAUGUUGUUUGUUAACAAAUUCGUGUUUGAUGAACGAAACAGUUAUACUGUAGAUUGCAUAUUUUGGGGAAAUUAUUGACGUUUACUGUUACGAUACAGUAUUAAUACAAGUAUUGAGUUUCAAAAUGAGCUGGUAUUCUCUUCGUAUUUACCAUUUUACUCUUUUGCAGCUCCUGGUAACUCGUAUGGAUUUGAGGAAAAGAUUAGAAAUUUACAAGAAAUGGGAUUUGACGAGGUACUCUGUCGUUCAAAUUUGGGUAUUUAUAUAUUUAUUGACAAUCUUUGACAUCUUAGACCAAUACCAUGUCUAUAGUAAAGGAUUGUUUUUCACGUGGUGGUGUAUGUACUGUACAGUAUAUACACUAAUAACAAAUAAAGACAACUAUUUUAUCAACGCCGUAAUCAUAGUAGUGUAAAACAGUUGAGGAGAAGGACUUUCCAAAUAUCUGUCAAAUAUGCUGAAAAUUCAGUGGCGAAACUACCUGCGAGCUACAAACCUAUUGCAAACACAUCUUGUUGGCAAGUUGUUGGAACAACAUCGUCACAACUUGUUAACAAGCUUGCUGCAUGUAAACCUGUUGUGAACAAAUCUUGUUGACAAGUUGCUGGAACAGCGUUGUCACAGCUUGUUAACAAGCUUGCUACAAACCUAUUGCAAACACAUCUUGUUGACAAGUUGUUGGAACUGCAUUGUCACAACUUGUUAACAAGCUUGCUACAAACAUAUGUAUUACAAACACAUCUUGUUGAGAAGUUGUUGGAACAGCAUUGUCACAACUUAUUAACAAGCUUGCUACAAACCUAUUACAAACAUAUAUCAUGAUUAUUAGAUUACACUGAUAUAGAAUGAACUAGACUCAGUUCCGAAAUAUCGCAUACUCGAACCGACCUGACCGCGUAGCUCAGUUGGCAGAGCAUUGUGCUAGUAUUCCAAAGGUCGUAGGUUCGAAUCCCACCGUGGCCAGGCAUAUUUUUCAAGCCUGCCCGGUGUGGAUAUACACUCAGAAUAACAUCACACAAGCAUCUUAUUCACCUGAGUGCAUUACACCAACACAGCAAACACAUUUUGUUGAAAAGUUGUUGGAAUAGCAUUGCCACAACUUGUUAACAAGCUUGCUACAGUACAUGUAAACCUGUUGCGAACAAAUCUUGCUGACAGGUUGUUGGAACAGCAUUGUCACAACUUAUAUUAACAAGCUUUCUACAAGCCUGUUGAGGAGAUAUCUUGUUGACAAAUUGUUGGAACAGUAUUGUCACAACUUGUUAACAAAGUUACAUGUUAUCACACUUAAAAACGCACAAGUUGUUACAGGUCAGCAAACAAGUUGUUACAAAUCUGUUCACAAACGGCCAACAAGUUGUGUUCGCACUGCUUGUUCCCAGUUGUUGUAACAAGUUUGGAACAAGCUGUUAACAACUUGUAACAGGCUUGAUGCAUUAUCAAACUUGUUACAAGGUUGUUCUGACAAGUCUGAUACUGUACAGUCAUGAUGUAACAAGAAUGUUACAAGGUUGACGGCACAAUGUUGUAGCAACAUUGUUUUUCAUGAUUGUAUUAGACUGGUUGGAACAACCUUGCAACAAGUCUGAUAGUAUCAACAAGAUUGUUAUAAGUUGUUUUAAACAGUUUGUUCCAAAUUUGUUGACAACCUGGGACAAGCAGUGCGAAGACAACUUGUUGACGGCUUGUUGGCAGACUUGCUACAAGAUGUGAGAUUUUUGCGUAUGUACAAAUCUCACAUCUUGUAGCAAGUGUUUCAACAAGCCGUCAACAAGUUGUGUAAGCCGUCAACAAGGGCAAGUGGUCAAGAAAGUAAAGUCACACCACUGCACUAUUGUUUUCAAAAAUAUAUUUUUAAACCAUUUUGAAAUAUUAAAAAUUUAUUUGCUAACUUGUUAACAGUUGCUGGGAGUUUUUUUCAUUGUGUUUUUAUUCCUGUUAAGGCUAUAAAUUGCUGUUUUUCAUUCGCAAAACUCCGGUAAUUCUUGAGCCGCCAUCAUGUUUUCUCUACUAGCAGGAUACGAGUUAAUAUCCUAAUAGUCAGCCGAUCAGAUUGCUGCCUAGCUUAUAUCCGGUAGUUGUCCACAUAAUAAUGUAUAUUAUACGUUUAAUGUCUCCUUCUGAGGGAAAUAGUUUUGUUUUCCCGAUGGUCUCAAUGUCCCAAGACGAAGUCGAGUUUUUAAAACAAAUGAACUAUUUCGUGCCGAAACAAAAAUCACCAACAUUCAUAUACAACAAUGGUAUUUCAUGACAAGUGUAAGGCGUAAAAAAAAAUACCUGUCGUUCCGGUUCCCGACCGACCCUAUUUUUUUCCGCCGACCCUAUUAUUUUUUCAACGCAAUUGACCAUGCGACCCUAUUUUCUCCAGGUGGUUACGAGCUGCUCAUACAGCGUGCCAAAAUGGCGUCUGUUGUCACACUAAUUAUUGAACCAAAUUGCCUAAAUUCGUCCAUAGGAAAUACCCAUCUCUAGUUAAUAUUGAUGUCGGGACUCUACUGCAAAUCGCCCAGCAAAAAAACCCCCGCCAAAACCAUGAAAAAAUAUUGAAAAAAAAGAAGCUAUUUCCAACCUACGGACCCUAAUUUUUUCACCAUAUGAAACCGGAACCACAGGUAUUUUUUUUACGCCUAGUGUAAGUAAGUUUAAAAUUAAAAGGAUCUACAGUACUUAAAUGGUUUCAGCAGCAUAUCCUGCUGCCUAAUGUGUAUUUUUCUUCUCUUUCGCAUUCUUUAUUUUAACACAAACUUGGAAAAUCGUAGUUCAUAAACUCGCGAGUUGUGCCGCCAUUUUGUUUAUUGUACAUAGCAUUGCAUUGCAUUUAUCUAAAGUCAUGCGACCACAAAUCAGCCAAUCAUGUUUGGUGUGCGCCCUAGCCAUAUGUAUACCAAGUCAUAUAUACAGUUUACAGCAUUGUAAAUAUAUUUUCUUAUUUUCUUAGAAUAAAAGUCGAGUGUCGUUGUCAACACACAACUGGAAUCUAGAAAGAGCCGUGGAAUCAUUAUUUAAUAGCUAG